AUGCUCCAAAAUGAGAAAUGUUCGAAUACUCGCAAAAUGCGAAUAAUCGGAGUUUCCGUCUAUUUGAGAUGUUCGAAUGCUCCAAAGAAUAUUCGAGAUGUCCGAUUACUCGCAAAAUGCGAAUAUUCGGAGUUUCCGUCGAUUCGAGGUAUCCGAAUACAUUCGGGAUGUUCGAAUACUCGCAAAAUGCGAAUAAUCGGAGUUUCCGUCUAUUUGAGAUGUUCGAAUGCUAAUGCACACAAAAUGCGAAUAUUCGGGAUGAUCGAAUACUCGCAAAAUGCGAAUAUUCGGAGUUUCCGUCGACCUCGCAAAAUGCGAAUAUUCGAGAUUUUCGAGCAUCCCGGAUGUUCGAAUACUCUCAAAAUGCGAAUAUGUUCGCAAAAUGCGAAUAUUCGGAGUUUCCGUCUAUUCGAGGUGUUCGAAUGCUCCAAAAUGAGAAUAUUCAAGCAAAAUGCGAAUAUUCGGAGUUUCCUUCUAUUCGAGGUGUCCGAAUGCUCGCAGAAUGCGAAUAUUCGGAAUGUCCGAUUACUCGCAAAAUGCGAAUAUUCGGAGUUUCCGUCUAUUCGAGGUGUCCGAAUACUCGCAAAGUGCGAAUAUUCGGAGUUUCGUUUCCGUCGAUUCGAGGUAUCCGAAUACUCGCAAAAUGCAAAUAAUCGGAGUUUCCGUCUAUUCGAGGUGUCCGAAUACUCGCAAAAUGCGAAUAUUCGGAGUUUCCGUCGAUAUUCGGUCGAGAUGUUCGAAUGCUUCAAAAUGAGAAUAUUCGAGUUUCCGUCUAUUCGAGAUGUUCGAAUGCUCCAAAAUGAGAAUAUCCAUUCGGAGUUUCCGUCUAUUCGAGAUGUUCAAAUGCUCCAAAAUGAGAAUAUUCGAGAUGACCGAAUUUCGCAAAAUGCGAAUAUUCGGAGUUUCCGUCUAAUCGAGAUGUCUGAAUACUCGCAAAAUGCGAAUAUUCGAGAUGACCGAAUAUUCGCAAAAUGCGAAUAUUCGGAGUUUCCGUCUAAAUUGCCUGGGCGUCUAAAUUGCCGCUCUCCAGUAUACAACUAUCGCUGGUUUGCCGGCUAG